UGGGUGGAGGUGGGUGGUUGUAGUUGUCGGCUCUACUGUUGUUUUUUUUAAAGAUUUACAGCUUUUGAUUUUGAAACUCCCUCCUUAGAGAAUGCCAUUCAAUCAUAACUUACGUAUUGUGGUCAUACACAACUCAAUAAAUCAAAUCCAUGUACCAGGUAACGUUACCUAUUUCGUUUUCUUCACACCCUGUUGGACGAUUUUGUCCGAUGGACUCUACCAUUGCUAUCUAGCCCGGCUGUACUCUUGUAGAGUUUGCCAAAUGCAUGGUGUACAGGUGAAAAUUUUUGUUGGGCAUAACAAGUAACGUAAAACAUCGAUCAUUGCUGUUUCCGUAACGAAAGAUUGGAACAGCUAAGCAACUUGGCAAAUAGUUGCCAAUGGGCACCGAUCGGAGAUAUUUUGUCGCCUGAAAAGUUGCGAUUUUGAAAAAAAGAAACAGUAAUUUUUUUGAAUGUCGUAAAUAUUCAGAAAAUGUCACAAAUGGAUGCAAUUUGAAAUAUCUUAUAAUACCUGACCUAUGCUGCGUCAAGUAUCAUGAUAAUUCAUGGAAUAACAUUUUAUCAUUGGAAUUCAUAAAGCAAUUUCAUAAUCGUUGUUUAUUACUCUGUGACAGAGAGUAACCUCCGACGACAGAGUAUUCUGAUAGGUAUAUGUGAUGAGUGUUCGCAUGUGUAUCUCUAUGUUCCGUUUGCCGCAUUCGUAUGUAGUUUGGCAUGUCGUCUGUACUCAGUUGCGCGAUGAUGCACGUUCACGGUAGCUGUUGUUAUAAUCGAUAGAAAAAAUUCGGAAAUCACCCCUAUAUUCCCGGUAUUGUGGAACAGGCCAUGUUCAGAGGAAAGGUAAAAUUUAGACUUCCAAUAUCCUAUGGCACUAACGGUACAUACUAUACUUGUUUUAUAUAGAGAGCUUGAGAGUUACGGUGUAUGUGUGUACGGUUUGUUACAUCGCAUUUCAAUGAGUCCCAAUGAGUAACAAACGUUUUCUCUAGGGGUUUCAUCCUAGCAAAACCAAAAUAAUGCACAAUUAAAAGACACAAAUGGAUAUGCAAAAGGACUCGAAAAACAGGUCUGUUCAUCCGAUUAUACUAUAGAAAGACAAGCGAACCUGUUCUUCGAUUUGUCUGUAAUCUCAUUUACUCUGAGGUGAAAAUGGCGGAGAAAUGUGGUCAACACGAGGAGGACUCUGCAUCCAAGUAAGGUCUUUGCUGGGGACACGCUUUAAAUGGUGUCCUACAUCAUUGCAUAAUCUUGCUGCCGCUGAAACUAAAGUAUUACAAUAUGUCAAAUCAAGAUUGGAGAGAUUCUACGUUCCAAUCCCUAACGGCGGAAGGAUAUGGACCCUAAAAGUGAACCCCAGAAAAACAGACGCCUUUCCCAUUGUGAUGGUUCACGGGUUCGCAGCCGCAGCGGGUUUCUUCUUCUUGAAUUUUGAUGCCCUCGCUGAGCACCGAACGGUCUACGCGUUCGACGUACUUGGCUUUGGGCAAAGUUCUCGGCACAAGUUUAGCACAAAGCCAGACGUUGUGGAAGAAGAAUUCGUGGAUUCCAUAGAAGAGUGGAGGAAAGGUGUAGGACUGGAGAAGUUCAUUCUGAUGGGUACAAGUUUUGGCGGUUUUCUUGCGGCCUCCUACGCUAUCAAACAUCCCGGCAGAGUCAAGCACCUGAUUCUGGCCGACCCCUGGGGGUUUCCAGAAAAGACAGAACAAGCUGCUAAAAAGUUUCGAGCUGAGACGCCGUUCUGGAUGAGGAUUAUUGCCCCAAUGCUGCCACACAUUAACCUCUUGGCGCCCUUACGACUCGCAGGGCCGUUCGGUCCUCAGCUUUUGCGGGCUGUGCGGCCGGAUGUAAGAACCAAGUUUGCGGACGGGUUUCAGGACAACACUGUGAUUGACUACCUCUAUCACUGCGUUGCACAACCACCAAGCGCAGAGACGGCAUUCGGGACCCUACAAAGUGAAGGUUGGGAGUGGGCUAAGAAACCCAUGCUUCCUCGCAUGACCCGCUUGGACCCGAAUGUACCAAUCACAUUCAUCUAUGGUGCAGACACAUGGAUGGACAGUAGAACAGGAAAACAGACAGCAAUUCUACGGAAAGGCUCUUAUGUUGACAUAAUUUUCAUUCAGAAUGCUGGCCACCAUAUGUACGCGGAACAAUAUCGCGACUUCAACAGAGAGUUGUUGAGGGUGUGUAGAAAUACGGACAGAACACAAUAAUUGUCAGUUUUGUAUCUCGAUCUUUUAUGUUCAGCUCAUGGCUAUAUUACGUUAGCUACGGAGUAUCAAUAAACGAGUGCAUUCAAAGCAAAGGAACUAGUGAUGCACAUAUAUGUCAAAACUGAAUGUAUCACUGAUUGUUUGAAAAAGAAAAAGCUAAUUAACAGUACGAUACCAGAAAGCCGGUCAAGCAAUUACUGAUAGAUGAUUUGAUCGCUUGCAAAUAGUCCAAAAGGUUUCAUAAAAAACUCCUUAUAAUAGUCGAUCUUCAUAGGUUGUGGUGAAAUCAAAUCAAGUAGACACCGCGAAUAACGAAUGUUUGUUGUGUCAAUGAUGUAAUUUGUAACUGGCCGGUACUAUACUCAGGAAUAUCCGUGGGAGCAGCGGCCAGGACUGGCAGAGAAUCUGUUCGGCAGCCAAGACAACGGUUUUUCCCGCCGACCUUAGCUAAGCACUCCGGGGAAGUGUCAUGAGUGAAGCAGGCAGACGGGUAGUUUGACUACCCCGCAUUAUACAUACAACCAAAAAACAUAUCUAAGUAAUGAAAAUAUGAGGGACAGGAAUGCUGUCACAAGCCUAAUUAGCUGCCAUAAACUUCAUAUUGAAACAGGAAGACAUACUCGCACCCCUCUGGAACAAAGACUAUGCAAAUAUUGUAAUUUAGAUAGAUUAGAGGACGAACGUCAUUUUGCAGUAGAGUGUAGAUUGUAUACUUCAGAGAGAAAUUAACUGUAGAGGGUUUACAAAACCAAUUUCCUAAUUUCAUACACCUAUUAAAGUUCUGUAGAAAAAUUCA